AAAACAAAAAUGCCGAAGUUCUAUAAACUUGACAUUAAUCGCACCGAAUGGGAGAUACCUGAAACGUACCAAAAUCUCCAGUCCGUUGGACAGGGGGCAUAUGGCCAGGUGUGCAAAGCUUUGGUGCGAGGCACCACCACAAAGGUGGCUAUUAAGAAAUUAGCCCGCCCCUUUCAAUCGGCAGUGCAUGCGAAGCGCACAUACCGCGAGCUGCGUCUGCUAAAGCACAUGGAUCACGAGAACGUUAUCGGACUGCUUGACGUCUUCCAUCCGGGCCAGCCAGCAGAUUCGCUAGAGCAGUUUCAGCAGGUUUACAUGGUGACGCAUCUGAUGGACGCCGAUUUAAAUAAUAUAAUACGCACGCAGAAGUUGUCCGACGAGCAUGUGCAGUUCUUGGUCUAUCAGAUACUGCGCGGGCUGAAGUAUAUACACAGCGCUGGCGUCAUACAUCGUGACCUGAAGCCAUCGAAUUUGGCUGUGAAUGAAGAUUGCGAGCUGCGUAUUUUAGAUUUCGGUCUUGCGAGACCCGCCGAGAGCGAAAUGACCGGGUAUGUGGCCACACGAUGGUAUCGCGCUCCGGAAAUCAUGCUCAAUUGGAUGCACUACAAUCAGACGGUGGACAUUUGGUCUGUGGGCUGCAUUAUGGCAGAGCUUUUGACCGGUCGUACACUCUUCCCGGGCACUGAUCACAUACACCAGCUGAACCUGAUCAUGGAGAUAUUGGGCACGCCAAACGACGAGUUCAUGAGCAAGAUUUCAUCGGAGAGCGCACGCACCUACAUACGAUCGUUGCCGGUGAUGCCGCGCCGCAACUUCCGUGAUAUUUUUCGGGGUGCCAAUCCACUAGCUAUUGAUUUGCUUGAGAAGAUGCUGGAACUAGAUGCGGAGAAGCGCAUUACUGCUGAACAGGCGCUGGCACAUCCCUAUAUGGAGAAAUGGCAUGAUCCCAGCGAUGAGGCGACAUCAACACUGUACGAUCAAAGUUUUGAGGAGAACGAGCUACCGGUGGAGAAAUGGAAGGAGCUCGUGUUCACCGAAGUGCGUGACUUUAAACCGCCGCAGGCAUUCGCCGACCUCUUGCCGCAGGCUCAAUAGCUAACGAGGUGUUUUUC